CGCAAAUCCCUCUCUUCCCCUCCCUUUCCCCCUCAUCCUCCCCCCAUCAUGGCCUCAAUGGGUUCAAUCCAACCCUACGGGCACCUCAUCCGGUCAGCCCGGACCAACCUCACCUACGUGCCACGCCGCACCCUGACCUCAACAGUCAUCCGGUAUGCCCAGGAGGGUAACAACGACAGCAACGCCCCCAACAACAAGCCCAGUCCCGAGUCGCAGCCGCAGCAACCACCCUCCAAGCCGUCCGCCCUCUCCUCCAUCAAGAACUUCUUCUUUGGCGGCAGCAAAUCCGAUGCUCCGAAGCCCACGAUCCGCCCGGUCACCGCGCCUCCGAAACGCGAGGGCUCUCUCGGCACGGACUCGAUUUUCUCGGAGGAUGAAGCCGGCCCGAAGCUGAUCACCACCGGGCGCACCCCGACGAGCCGCAAGACCGCCAGCACCAGCGACACCGGCGCCACCGCCGACGGGCAAGGGCCCACGGAGGAGGAGCGGGCGGCGGCGGCGGCGCAGCGGACGUUCGCGGUCGAGAAGCGCGACCGGUCGAUGCUGCAGGCGGUGCUGGACCCGAAGCCGCGGACGCGGCUGCGGUGGGAGAAGAAGAUGGUGAUCCGCGAGGUGCGGCGCCGGGGCCGGCUGACGCGGGCGGAGCAGAUCAUGCGCACGGAGCGCGAGUCGCUGGUCAAGUCGCACUUCUUCAAGACCUCGAUCAAGAAGCUGGGCCCCCUGUGCCGCCAGAUCGCCGGCAAGAGCAUCGACGAGGCCAUCCUGCAGAUGCGCCUCAGCAAGAAGAAGGCCGCCAAGGACGUCCUCGAGCACCUCAAGCACGCCAAGAACAUCGCCAUCGUCCGCUCCGGUAUGGGGCUGGGCGCCGUCGUCCCCAAAGUGGAGGCCGACGAGGCCGACGAGGCCGCUCCCAAGAAGCCCACCCCCCAGCCCGUCACCAUCACCCUUAAGGACGGCUCCAAGAAGACCGUCACCGACCCCACCGCCAUCUACAUCGACCAGGUCUGGGUCAACCGCGGUCCGUACGGAUACGAGGCCGACCACCGCGCCCGCGGUGUCAUCAACAUGAUGCGCCCUCCCCACACCGGUAUGUCCGUCCUGCUGAAGGAGGAGGCCACCCGCAUCCGGGAGUGGAAGGAGCGCGAGGCCCGCGAUCUCCGUCGCCGCAAGGCCCAGCUCUGGACCCCGCUCCCGGAUCGCCCCAUCACCCAGCAGAACCAGUACUACUCCUGGUAGAUGGGACCGAUCCCGAGAGCGGUUGUAAUUUUUUCUUUUCUCUCAUCCUUUUCAUGCCAACAAAACCGGGUAGCUUCAUUGUUUCGUGGUUGUUUUUUGUCUUCGACCUGGCGUUCCGUCCACAAACCUGUAUUAUGUCUCUAGAACCUUGAAACCCCCUCUUUUACCCUGAAGAAAGCAACUAUAGCAUUUCUCUCUUCGUUCUUAUGUGUUUCUGGGCAGCUUUGUUUUCUUCUUGCCGGGUUGACAUGACCUGAUAGAUAGGUAGGUAGUGUGUGUGUUGGGGAGUGUUUGAUAUGCAUGGCAUCUGCAUGAGCAGUCACUUCUAUUCCUGGAGCUCGAAUCUGUGUACAAUAUAUUGCGUUAUAUACGGUCUAUUC